AAGGAAGAAAUUGCCCCACCUCUUGAAAAGAGCUCUUAGAAGACCAGGGCCGGGCGGCUCAGGUUACAAGGCAGGUAUAAAUAGCCAGUACCUGCCAAGGAAAGGCCAGUUGGCCUGGAGGUCCUGGAGUCCCAGAAGAAGCAACCACCAUGCUUCUCCUCCCUCUCUCCGUGCUGAUCCUGCUCACACAACCCCUGAGGCCACUGGGAGCAGAAGUGAAGACCUAUUCCCAGAGAACAGCAGCCAACACCUGCACCCUGGUCAUGUGUAACCCCGUGGAGAAUGGCCUGCCUGGUCGCGAUGGACGGGAUGGGAGAGAGGGCCCCCGGGGCGAGAAGGGAGAUCCAGGUUCGCCAGGAGCAGUGGGGAGAGCAGGGAUGCCUGGACCAGCUGGCCCAGUUGGGCCCAAAGGAGACAAUGGCUCUGCUGGAGAGCCUGGACUGAAGGGAGACUCUGGACCAUCCGGACCUCCAGGACCUCGAGGUAUGCCUGGUCCAGCUGGCAGAGAGGGCCCAGCUGGGAAGCAAGGGGAUGUAGGACCUCAAGGCCCACCAGGUCCACAAGGAGAGGCUGGGCCCAAAGGAGAAGUGGGUAUGCCUGGCAAGCAGGGGUCUGCAGGGAUGACAGGCCCCACAGGUGUUAAAGGAGAGACAGGUGCCCCUGGUGAGCGUGGAGCCCCUGGAGUUGCUGGGGAAGCAGGACCUGCUGGAGCCAUGGGCCCGCCGGGACCUCCAGGUGCCAAAGGGUCCCCUGGACUGAAGGGGGACAGAGGUGCUCCUGGGGACAGAGGAGCAAAGGGAGAGAGCGGGCUUCCGGACAUCACUGCUCUGAGGCAGCAGGUGGAGGCCUUACAGCAACAGGUACAAAACCUCCAGAAUGCCUUGUCUCAGUAUAGGAAAGUGGACCUCUUCCCCGACGGCCGGGGUAUCGGGAAGAAGAUCUUCAAGGCGGCGGGCGUGGAAAAGAGUUUCCAAGAGGCACAGCAGCUGUGUACGCAGGCGGGGGGACAGGUGGCCUCCCCGCGCUCGGCCGCCGAGAACGAGGCCCUGCAGCAGCUGGUCGCCGUGCAGAACAAGGCUGCUUUCCUGAGCAUGACGGACGCCAGGAAGGAGGGCACGUUCACCUACCCCUCAGGGGAGCCCCUGGUCUACACCAACUGGGCCCCGGGGGAGCCCAAUGACAACGGCGGCUCGGAGGACUGCGUGGAGAUCUUUACCAACGGCAAGUGGAACGACAAGGUCUGCGGGGAGCAGCGCCUGGUGGUCUGCGAGUUCUGAGCCCGGGGGGUGCGGGGGGCCUGGCCCGAGCGGCCCACACCUGCACGCGCCCGGCCGGCGGGGAGGCCAGGAGGCUGGCCCUGCACGCCGCUCCCGGCCACCGGCGUCAGCGUCACGCGUGGGACACCUGCUGGAGGAAGAAGGGCCCGCUGCUUUCCCAGUUGCAAGGAAUAAAGUUGGCUCCCCAAGACCUCCCGGUGGCAAAAUCCAGUGGCUCUCCUCUCUUCCUCCAGCUGUCGGCCAGGUUUGGCCAGCUGGCGGCACCCUGGCCUCCACUCCUCCUCCUCUGAGCUUCCAGGGCAGCCUCUGGCUUCCUGUCCUCAGCCUCCUCAGCCUCUUUCGCUCCUCCCGCCUCCCCCCCUUGACCAUUGAACGGAGAGGGGGCCUCUGCUCCCCCUCUGUUCUCUCCUGGCCUGACUCUCGCUCCAGGUGGAACUCAUUCUGUCCAAGGCUUCGGAUUCCUUCUCCUGACGGCUCCCACAUGCAUGGCCCUGUUUGGGGGACCUCCCUAAACCCCAGGCUCCUCCAGCCAAUGCGAGCUGGAGCCCUGGGGCGCUUAGGCCUCAGUGGCAGCCUCCUGCUUCCAGGCUGGAGCCCAGGAAGCAGCAGAGCACAGUGAGAUGACCUGGCAGCGAGCGUCUGCCUCCCCUGACUGCACGGCCUUAUGCGGGGAGCCUGGGCCUCAUCCUUGCAGGACCCAGGAUCUCUCUCUCUCUCUCCCUGUAUCAUUCAACUGUCUCUUCGUUUACAGAAGGGAGUUCCAUCCCCACAGCCCUAGAUCGACCUGAAAUCUCAAACAUGGAGGGAGUCCGACCAUGCUCACAUUUAUCCCCAACUGCCGUCUGGCCUCACAGUUCCAGAAACGUUCCUUCUCCACUCUGCCCCAGAGGGAAUCUAGUCAAAUUACUAUAUUACUGCAACUGUAGUCUAGCUCCUCAUUUUACAGUUAUGGAAACCAGGACACAGAGCGAGCAGGGGGUGGCGAGGCCACAGGCAAUGCCAGCACUACAGCUCAGUUAUGACAAAAGUCAUUUGACCUCAAAGCUUACACUUUUGGCCUGUAAGUUUGUAGGCCAAAGGCCUCUGUAUCAAUUUAGUCAAUUUUAUUGACACACUAUUGCAAAAAAAAUUUUUUUUGUAUUUUCUUUCUAAAAGUUUUUAAUUUUAAUUCUAGUUAGUUAACAUACAGUGUUAUAUUGGUUUCAAGUGUGUAAUAUAGUAAUUCAGCACUUCCAUACAUUCUCCUGUGCUCAUCAUGACAAGUACUACCAAAAAUGUAAAUGACACCCAUGCUUAAGAGAUUGGAAUGACACCUGGAUGAAGCAUAGGCUCACAGGAGAGGGCAAAAAAUGUCGUCCCUGGGUAGAAAGCCAACCACUCUCUCCUUUGUUCCCAGAGACCAUGAGAUCUGCCCUUUCUGGCCCUUCCUCAAUGGGUCCCCCAGGUCCUCUGCUCAACAUCCUACCGCCACAUCUCAUACAUAGAACAACAUGCCUGAAAACAAAAGCUUCAUCUUCCAUCAGCAUGCAGCUCAGGCUCUCUGCCAAGAUCUUUCUCCUGUCACUAAAGAAAUCCCCAAUUCCUGGCAGCUUCUGAAUGUAAGUCAGUUCCACACUAAGAGUAAACAACUCUCCAGCACAGAGGCCACACCUGGACACACUCAUUGAGGGAGCUUAGAAAGACCUUUUUAAAAAAAAAAAAAAAAAUUGCAAGUAAGAAAAACAACUGAAUCUAGCUUUAAGCAAAAUAGGAACAUUUCUUCUAAGAACAGAGAGUCCUGAAUUGGCCCAAGGAGGACAGGGAGACCACAGGCAGCAUCGUGCUGUCUCCCUGGCUUCUGCACCCCACCCCACGGAUCCUUGCCUCUUCCUCCUUCCACAUCAGCUUCCUCUUCUUCCCAGGCCCUUGACAGCCCAGCACGGGGAAACAUGUGUCACAGAGAUUGCCACACAGAGAUUAGAAACUCUUGCUUGAUAAGCAAUUCAAAAAUCCUAUAAAAAUAAAUCUCUUUCAGAUGCC